AUGCUCCCAAUUGACCUACAGAUGUUCUUCCCGACUUGGCUAUUGCUUCUGUCCCUUCUUGUGUCUUGUUUCAUAGCCCAGGAUGUGCCGGCUCACAGCAGGUUUGAGUACAAGUACAGUUUCAAGGGGCCACAUGUCACCCUUCCUGAUGGAACUGUACCCUUUUGGGAGACCUAUGGAGAUGCGAUUCCUGGUCCUGAUGAAGUUCGCCUUGUUCCUUCAUUGAAGAAUCACAAAGGCUCAAUGUGGACUAAGAACAAUGCUUCUUUUCCGCACUGGGAGGUGGAGAUUUUUAUAAGGAUCUCUGGUCAUGGACGUGAAGGGGCUGAGGGACUGGCAUUUUGGUAUACGAGGGAAAAAGGAGAACUGGGCCCAGUAUUCGGCUCUUCAGAUCUUUGGGAUGGAGUGGCAAUCAUUUUUGACACCUUUGAUCAUGAUUCUAAGGGAAAUAAUCCAGCAAUUGUCAUUGUGGGCAAUAACGGCAAGCUGACGUACGACCACUUGCGGGAUGGCUCAAGUCAAGCACUAGGCACUUGUAUGGAACAUUUCAGGAAUACAAUUCGCCCAUUCAGGGCAAAGAUAACCUAUUAUAAAAGAACUCUACGAAUCUCUGUAAGAACGGGGUUUUCACCCAGUCACAAGGCCUAUCAGGUGUGUGCUGAGGUGCCCAACAUGGUGAUCCCAUCCACUGGAUACUUUGGAAUCUCGGCAGCCACAUCCGCUCUAGCAGAUGACCAUGAUGUUCUCUCUUUUAUGGUAUACAGUCUAAGCGCAACCUGGGAAGAGUCUCCAGGAGCUCAGAUCCCAAAGGAAGAGAGAGAAAGGUUUGAGAAAGAAUAUGAGGAAUUUCAGAAAGAACUUGAAAAGAACAUGGAAGACUUCCAGAAGACAAAUCCUGUACAAGAUGGGGAUGAGUUUCAAUCAGACAGUCAACGGGAACUGGAGAUGAUCAUAUUUGGACAGACUCGGUUGCUGGAGGAGGUGAGAGUACUGAAAACCAGACUGAACAUGACUCUAGAGGAACAGAUCAGGCAGCGAGACAUCUUAAGUCGCUCUAAAAUCAAUGAGACCACCACUGUGAGCCAGGAACAUGUCCACAGUACUCUUGAAACCGUCAUGAAUGGAAUGCCAGAUCUUCUCUCCAUGAUAAAGGAUCUCAAGAAAGACCUAAAAAAAAUGGCCAAAGACCUGUCUUCCUCUAAGGGGUCAGAAAGCACUACCAAUAGCAGUGCCAAAGAAGUGAAGGAUGAUUUCAGCAAGAUAAGGAAAAGUCUGCAGAGCCUUGUGAAACCUCCGGCCAGCUCACAUGCAUCAUCUUGUCCUUCGAGCAAUGCUUACUCUUCCUGUUUGUCCAGUGGCGUUUUCCUGACCUUUCUCUUGCUUCAGAGUUUGUGCACAGUGGCUUUCAUGUUCUUCAGAAUUCUCCCAUCUCUAAAAGGAAAGCCAAACAAAAUCUACUAAAAAAUUAUACUGAAAAAGGAAGCAAAGAACUGCGACAGCUGAACUUGAUCUCCUUGUCUGAGAGAAAGUCCU